GCUCUCAAAGAAAUAAACACACGAUGUCGGUUACCACCAGUCUCUACCCACCAAACCCUCUCACGCUUCCUCACCUCAGCCCCCAUGCACCUCGGCGCACGUUGUCUUUCCCCAUGGCGACCAUCAUCCGCCGCCAUCUAAACCCUAUCUGCCGUCGAUCCCUCGCCGUCGCGGCGGCAGUUCGUCAACAACAGGACACCACUCUCUGGACUCCUGCCCCUCUUGCGAACGUAAAACCUGCCGCGGAGUCUCUAUUCCACAUAACAAUCGACGUUUCAGAUUCCCCUGAUCUGGCCUCAUCAUACACCCUAGCCGGACAAUAUCUCCAACUCCGUCUUCCCGAUGUCGAAAAACCUUCGUUUUUAGCGAUUGCUUCGCCUCCGUCACGGGCUUCAACAAACGGUGUUUUUGAGUUUUUGGUUAAAAGUAUCGCUGGAUCCACCGCGGAGCUAUUAUGUGGUCUUGGGAAAGGGGAUGUUGUAGAGUUGAGCCCAGUUAUGGGGAAAGGAUUCAGCACAGAUCAAAUAUCUCCACCAGAGGAUUACCAGUCUGUUCUAAUUUUUGCAACAGGAUCUGGGAUCAGCCCCAUUCGAUCUUUAAUCGAAUCAGGCUUUAGUGCGGACCAGAGAUCAGAUGUGAGGUUAUAUUAUGGUGCAAGAAACCUUCAAAGGAUGGCUUAUCAGGAUAGAUUCAAAGCCUGGGAAUCUUCCGGAGUUACUAUUGUGCCUGUGUUGUCCCAGCCUGAUGACAGUUGGGUCGGUGAAACCGGCUAUGUGCAGGCAGCGUUUGCAAGAGCUAAAAAAGUGUAUGCACCUGAGUCAACGGGUGCAGUCCUUUGCGGUCAAAAGCAGAUGGCUGAGGAAGUGACUUCUAUACUUGUUGGCAAUGGAGUUCCUGAUGGGAAGAUCUUGAAGAACUUCUGAGACCCACCAAUUAAUCGAGUGGAUUGUUGUACAAUUUUUGGGGGAAUCGAGUCCGAAAUCAUAAAAUAGCACACCAUUUUUGAGAUGUAAAUGUACAAUUAAUUGUUACCUACAUUAACAUAGAAUAGAAGACGUCCAAAGGCCGGGUUCGAUGGUACGAGUGUGUGCACGAAUCGGUGUUGGUCUGCUUUCUGUACUAUGUAACCUUUUAUUUAUUUUAGUCAUGGCAAAUUUGAAAUUAAAGAAAUUGUAAUUGAAUGUUGUUCCUUUGGUC